AUCACCAUGUUGACCAUCAAGAACAAAUACCCAAUCUCACGAAUCAAUGACCUGUUUGACCAGUUUUGGGGAGCCACGGUAUUUUCCAAACUGGAUCUGCGGUCCGGAUACUGGCAGAUACGAAUGGCGGACAAUUCCAUCCACAAAACUGCUUUCCGAACUUGGUACGGGUCGUACGAGUAUCUGGUAAUGCCGUUUGGACUCACCAAUGCACUGCCAACGUUCCAAGCCAAAAUGAACCAUAUUCUAUGCCCACUUUUGGACGAAUGCGUGGUGGUGUAUCUGGACGACAUCCUCAUCUACUCGCGCGACAUGCAGCAGCACGUCCAAAACCUGCGACGCGUCUUCGACAUUCUUCGACGAGAACGAUUCUACAUCAAAUUAUCCAAAAGCGAAUUCGCCCUCGAGAAAGUCCGAUUCCUAGGCCACAUGGUGAGCGCUCAAGGAGUUCACGUCGAUCCCACCUACCGCCAUACCGAACACACCAACACGAGAUCGUGGAGGAACCAGGUUCGAAGCCGACCUUCCGAGCACCAUAUCGGCUCAGCCCUAGAGCUAGCCGACAUGAAGAAACAGAUCGAGUAUCUCCUCGCCAAAGGACUCAUCCGACCAUCCACUUCACCAUACGGUGCCCCAGUACUCUUCACACCGAAACCGGACGGAAGCCUGCGCAUGUGCAUCGACUACCGAGCUCUCAACAAGCAGACCAUCAAGAACAAGUACCCGAUCCACGAAUCGAUGACCUGCUUGACCAGCUUCGGGGAGCCACGCCGUGGAGCAGCUGAACAAGCACUCACGUCCGCACCCGUACUCAUCUUGCCAGACCCCGAACGCGACUACGUCAUCGAAGCUGACGCCAGCGACCAGGCAGUGGGAGCAGUCUUGAUGCAAGACCAGGGGAAUGGACUGCAACCAAUUGCCUACCUCAGCAAAAAAUUACAUGGAGCAGAACUCAACUACCCGAUACACGACAAGGAGGCCCUGGCUAUCAUCAUCGCCUUCAAAACGUGGAGAUGUUAUCUCGAAGGACGCAAAACAACAGUCUACACCGACCAUUGCAGCCUAAAAUAUUUGAAGACGCAACCAAGCCUCUCCAGUGACGUACAGAAAUUCGUCACCUCGUGCACUACAUGUCAGCGGAUGAAGAGCAGCAAGCAGAAAAAGGCGGGACUGCUACAGCCUCUUCCUGUCCCAGAACAGCCAUGGCAAGUGGUCAGCCUAGACUUCAUCACCGGGCUACCAACUACCACAAGCGGUCAUGACGCGAUCCUCGUCGUCAUUGACAAGUUCUCCAAAAUGGGACACUUCAUCCCGACACACACGACAGCACGCACCGAGGAGACAGCACAACUCUUUGUUCGCUACAUCAUCUCAGAACAUGGCAUUCAACCACACUCAUCUCCGACCGAGACCCUAACACAGGUCACUCCUGUUACCUUCCGCUUACGCCUACCAGCUACCUGGAAGAUUCACAACGCCUUCCAUGUCCAACUCUUGAAGCCCUACCGAGAUCCCAACACGGUCUUCUCUGGACGCCAACCGCCGCCGCCGCCCGCCCGUCUCGUCCAUGAUGAACCCGAGUACGAGGUCGAGUCCGUGCUUGCCUACCACCGUCGACGGAAUGGCACCGUGGAGCUUCUCAUCCAUUGGAAGGGUUAUGAUCCUUCAGAAGUUAGUUGGGUCUCUGAAUCCGAGAUGGAUCACACUCGUCGCCCUCUUCGGUGAUUCUAUUUCUAGAAGGGUCU